AUGUUAAAAUCGUUAAUCAAGAAACUUCAUGUUGUACAAUCAUCAUGCGGUUUUCACACUACGGCAUCAUUGAAUGAAGUAAGACUGCUGACUCGGCUCAGAGUGGUGGACAACUCGGAAAUCGGCAAACGAGCAAUGGCUGAAGGCAAACCUCCUAAAAUUAUCUGCGUUUAUAAUAAACAACGUGUAGGUUACAUUGGCGAUAGAGUGUUAGUUGCUAUCAAAGGGCAAAAAAAGAAAGGUAUUCUGGUGGGCCUGAAGCAGACGCAGAAGGCGAAAGUGCCAAAGUUUGACAGCAACAAUGUAGUUCUCAUUGACGACAACGGCACUCCGCUGGGCAACCGCAUCCAUGUUCCCAUCCCAACUAUAUUGCGCACCAUACUCAAGGAGAAGACGCACUCAAAAGGAGCUGAUUAUACCAAAUUAUUAUCUAUAGCAACUAGAUUUGUAUAA